AUGUCAUUUUUGGAUAGCAUUCCGCGGGAUCUGCGCCAAAAAAUCGAGACCAUAAGCUCUUUUGAGCCUUCAGCACUCGAGGCUUUCGAAGAACUGUACAACUUCAUGAGCGUGGAACAAGAAACCAGGAAAAAGCCAAAAACUGAUGCUUCAGCUCCAGAGGUAGCGGAAAAUUCGAUAAUUUUCCAACUGAAAGACGUUUCUGUACUUACACCGUUCCGCAAAAAGCUUAACCUCGUCAUUUCUCUGUCACCCGUUACAGGUAAGCCCACAUUGUCCUUAUCCAAAGAUAUGGUCCCACAAUUGACGAUUUCAGAGCUCAACAAGAGUGUCAAGUUUGCCACAUUUUUACCAGUUCCGGAAAAGAACAAUGUGGUGUAUUUGUUCAUAAGUUACCGCCCGGAUGCAACGUCUGAUGCUACUGAGUUCCUUCUAGUGACGUUGAAUAAGGAUGCAACUUUAGCACAGUUGAAAAAUUCGGGACUUAUCAACACCCCAGCGAAUGAUAUGUCACCCUGCAUUGACUACAUCCGGAAGCAAGCCAUACUGGUGGGAUUCCGCAUCGCAGAUCCCUUCUCUGCAUCCAACACAGGCCCCAAACCAUUUCAUGUCGAAGCACAUAGAGGUACAAAAGAAGGAACACUUUAUUUUCUUCCUGAUAAUGUUUUAUUUGGUUUCAAGAAACCUAUACUACUAUUCUCUUCUCAGGAGAUUGAAUCUAUUACUUAUUCUUCGAUUACACGAUUGACCUUCAAUGUCACUUUGAUUACGAAGAGCGGUGACAGAUUUGAGUUUUCGAUGAUUGACCAGAAUGAGUAUGCCCUGAUCGACGACUACGUCAAACGGAAGCAAGUGGUCGACAAUUCCAUGAGCGAGGAAAACAAAGCCAAAAGGACCAACAAGGAACAACACACCGAAGAACACUCUCUUCUAGCAGAAGCUGCGCAACAACUCGAAAAUGGAGGGAAGAUUAACGACAUACCAUUGGAGUCAGACGACGAGGAGGCAGAUAACGACUUCGAAAUAGAGAGCAACUUAUCCGACGGCAGCGACGUAGGAUCUUCUCAGGAAGAGGAGGAAGAUUUGGAAGAUGAAGGCGCCCAUGAAGAGAAAGAGGAUGCAGAAGAGCAAGAAAAUGAAGAAGAAGAAGAAGAAGAAGAAGAGGAAGGGGUGGAAAAUGAUGUGGGGAAUGCUUUUGAUAACUUGAGUCAGCAUUUCUCAAACGGUGUAGACCACCAGCAAUAUGAACUGCCAGAAAAAUUGCACGACCCUUUCAAUGCUAACGAAUUUGACGACUUAACGCAAGAAAUGUCCUUCCCGAUGGAGUCAAGGGAAGUUGAGGAGGAAGACGAUUCCGGGGUCGAGUACGAUUAA